CGGCGGGGGCCCCGGGGCCCAGGCGCCGCGGCCCGGCACGCCGUGGAAGAGCCGCGCGUACAGCCCGGGCAUCCAGGGCCUUCACGAGGAGAUCAUUGACUUUUAUAACUUCAUGUCCCCCUGUCCUGAGGAAGCAGCCAUGCGAAGGGAGGUGGUGAAGCGGAUCGAGACUGUGGUGAAAGAUCUGUGGCCGACGGCUGACGUGCAGAUAUUCGGCAGCUUCAGCACAGGUCUCUAUCUUCCCACCAGUGACAUAGAUCUGGUGGUCUUUGGAAAAUGGGAGCGUCCCCCUCUGCAGCUGUUGGAGCAAGCCCUGCGGAAGCACAAUGUGGCGGAGCCGUGCUCCAUCAAAGUCCUCGACAAAGCCACAGUACCGAUAAUAAAGCUCACAGAUCAGGAGACUGAAGUUAAAGUUGACAUCAGCUUUAACAUGGAGACUGGUGUCCGGGCAGCCGAGUUCAUCAAGAACUUCAUGAAGAAAUACUCACUGCUGCCUUACUUGAUUUUAGUAUUGAAACAAUUCCUCCUGCAGAGGGACCUGAAUGAGGUUUUUACUGGUGGGAUUAGCUCAUACAGCCUCAUUUUAAUGGCCAUCAGCUUUCUACAGUUGCAUCCGAGAAUUGAUGCCCGGAGAGCUGAUGAAAACCUUGGAAUGCUUCUCGUAGAAUUUUUUGAACUGUAUGGAAGAAAUUUUAAUUACUUGAAGACUGGUAUUAGAAUAAAAGAAGGAGGUGCCUAUAUCGCCAAGGAAGAGAUCAUGAAAGCCAUGACCAGCGGGUACAGACCGUCCAUGCUGUGCAUCGAGGAUCCGCUGCUGCCUGGAAAUGACGUUGGCCGGAGCUCCUACGGCGCCAUGCAAGUGAAGCAGGUGUUCGACUACGCCUACAUCGUUCUCAGCCACGCUGUGUCCCCCCUCGCCAGGUCCUACCCCAACCGGGACUCGGAAAGCACGUUAGGAAGAAUCAUCAAGGUGACUCAGGAAGUGAUCGACUACCGGAGGUGGAUCAAAGAGAAGUGGGGCAGCAGAGUGCACCCGCUGCCGGAUCUGGACAAUAGGAUUAAGAUAAAAGAGCGGGUCUCCACGUGCAACGGAGAGCAGACGCAGGGCCGGGAGCCCGAGUCGCCCUACAGCCAGCGCCUGACCCUGUCCCUGUCCAGUCCCCAGCUCCUCUCCUCUGGCUCCUCUGCCUCUUCGGUGUCUUCGCUGUCUGGAAGUGACAUUGACUCUGACACACCUCCCUGCACCACGCCCAGCGUCUACCAGUUCAGCCUGCAGGCGCCCACGGCUCUCGUGGCCAGCCUACCCGCCGCCCUGCCCCUGCCCGGUGGCAAGCCUCAGUCCACGCCUUCCCGCACACUGAUCAUGACGACCAACAAUCAGACCAGGUUCACCAUCCCUCCUCCGACCCUUGGGGUUGCCCCUGUCCCUUGCAGACAAGCUGGUGUGGAAGGAACCGCGUCCUUGAAGGCCGUGCACCACAUGUCCCCCCCAGCCAUCCCCUCGGCGUCCCCCAACCCGCUGUCCAGCCCGCACUUGUACCACAAGCAGCACAACGGCAUGAAGCUGUCCAUGAAAGGGUCCCACGGCCACACUCAGGGCGGCGGCUACGGCUCGGUGGGCGGUGGAGGUGUGCGGCCCCCUGUGGGCAACCGGGGCCACCACCAGUACAACCGCACCGGCUGGCGCAGGAAAAAGCACACGCACACCAGGGACAGCCUGCCUGUGAGUCUCAGCAGAUAAUGGCUCCGGGCCUUGGCCCUGCAGGGCCCGAGACCAGCACCCAGCACCUCCGCCGUGGCCUCCGCGCCCGCUGAUCACCCUGCAUGUUCCUUCGUGUGGUGGUCGCGUGCAUCUUCAGCAACAGCUCCUGUGCUCAUCUGUGAAGCCUUACAGCUGUGGACGAGUUCUGCCUCCCAGAGUCUGCGCUCCCGGGAGCCUGAUGACAGGAGCCCCGCUGCUGGUUUGUGGCAGCCCUGCCUGCCCCUCGCUGGUGGGAGUUCUCAUUUCCCGGUGUCGAGCGACGGAGGAAUCGAGGCAGUUCCCACACACUUCCCGGCGGGUCGUGUCGGACGGAGGCCGUCGUGUUACUGCCCUUGCAUUUUGUUUGAGACUUCAGAACUCUUUUUCUAUGUAAAUAUCGAAACUUAUGAUUUGUGCAAUAAUCCGAUAUUUUUUAUUUAAUUUCAUAUUUUCACAUAAGUUAUAUUUAAGGGAGGAGGGAAUUUUUUUUAAACAAGCUUAGAUCCUUUCCCAAGUUGCAUUUUCUAAGUUGGGUUCACCGUGUUGGCUAGUUGUCUGAUAAGCAUCAUUAUGAACACCGUGACAUAGGGGUUUGGGGUUUCAUUUGCUGUCUUUUCUUUUGGUCAGAGGCCAGUGGAGGGGCCUUGUUCCCAGUGAGUUCUGGGCGGGGUUCGUCAGGUCUGGGGCCCUGCCCUGGGCUGCAGUCAUGGGCCUGCUCUGACCAUGAGUUCUAAUCUUUUGGUUUUGGUUCUUUUAAACUAGACAACAAAUCCAGCAUUUAAAGUGCCAGAAGUACAACUUUCUAGGGGGAAGAGGUGGUCACAUUAGAAAACCUUGAGAGCAGUGUGACCCUGGAAAGGCCUCAGUCAGCCUCAGCGGCUUGGCCUGUGAUGAUGGCUGGGGUUCAUUACAGACAAGGGCACCCAGUUUUGGGAAUGUGGAGAAAGGAAGUCUGUUGAUUCCGUGGAGGAAUCUGCAUAGCAGUAUGCAUUCGUUCUGUAAGAGCGGAUCCUGAGACGCACUCGCGCUGCCACGCACCGCACGGCACAGCACGGUGGGAGUGUGUCUGCGUGUCCAAGGGCACCGCCGGCACCGGAGCACACGGGUGCGCUGCGCGAGUGUGCUCUGCCACCACGACCGCUGUCUCUGUUACCUUUUUUUUGAACAAGAAUAUAUCCACCCUGCCAGCCCCGAGUUUGCAGGAUGCUGCGUCUGCGCAGAGUUGGCUGCAUCGUGGAGGCCCGACUCCCCGCUUUGUGAGGGCUGCGGGCCUGCCGCACACUCCUGGAGGCUCGUCCCGGAAGCCCACGUGGAGCUGUCCAGCCUGGAAGCCCGAGGCUCUGCCUUCCGAUGUGAGGCCCGGAGUCCCGUGGCUGUGGAGUCCCAGGCCGAUGUCUGCUGGCGUGGACACGGCGAGGACGCCUACCAGCUGCCCUGCGAAGCAGGCCGGGCCUGUGGCCAGCACGGUGGACUGCGUGCGGGCAAGGGGAGUCCUGGGCAUUGUGGCACGGGUGUCUGCAGUCCGUGGCGAUCGGAAUCACCCAAAAUAUUUAAAAAUAUUUAAAUUAUGAACCUGUUGAUGAAGAGUAUUUAUAAACACCGAUCCGUAGGCACGUACUAAUCUCUACAUGUUAGCAAUACUGACUGUAAACCUACACCAAGGGAAGCGCUGUGGGGACGGCAGCGGCCGGCAGACGCGAGCUUGGCAUCCGGCUGCAGGCGCUGGUCGUCCCCGCUGUGGCACACGGAUGAAGCGGCCUGGCCGCCACGGCGGUCCUGCACCACAGGUUUAACAAGGAUACGCCAUGUUUAGAUUUUUUGGUGCGCAGACAACGAUGUGGAAGCUAAAAUUGACAUAUUUUUAUGUAAAGUUUUUCUAUUCUUUGAUUUUUAAUAAACUUUGGAAAGCA